AUGGCACCAAAAGGAGGAAACGCAAAGAAAGAGUCCGGACGAGCCAAGAAGGCGGAGAACGAGGAGAAGAAAGGGAAAGCUGCUGCAGCUGCUAAAGAAGCCAAGGAAGCUGAGGAUUGGAAGUCAGGAGCUAAGAAUAAUUCGAAAGCUGAUGCUGCAGCUAACAAAGCUGCCGAGGCUGCCCGUAAGAAAGCAGAGAAAGAUGCUCUCCUGGCCGCCGAAGAAGCUUCCCUCCCCACCAAAGCCAAAUCGGCCCCCAAGGCUUCAGGCUCCAAGGCCAAGAAGAAUAACGAUGUACUAGUCAAGACUGGAAGUGGAGUAGCAGGAUAUGGCCUGAAUGAUCCAAUGGGUCAUCGAAGGGCCAAGAAUGAAUUUGGCGAAUUGGAAGAAGUACCUGAACUCAGUGCGCAGGGAUUGGAGGAGAUGUUGGAAGCUAUGGAGCUGGUCAAUCAGAAGACUGAUAAAGCUGCUUUGGGAUCUAAGGCCGCUAUCUCGAUUGAUGCUCAUCCAGAGAGACGUUUCAAAGCUGCUUUCGAAGCAUACUACGAACGUGAAUUACCGAUACUGAAAGAGGAGCACAAAGGAUUACGUCUGAAUCAAAUGCGUGAUAUCCUAUUCAAACAAUUCCAAAAAUCACCUGAAAAUCCUUUCAACCAAGCUAAGAUAGCUUACAACGCCACUAAAGAUGAAAAAGUCGAAGCUUUACAGAAUAUCAUCAAGACCAAAGAAAACAAAUAUACUGUUCAGCAUUAG